GUUCAUUCCCUCGAGCCGAGGAGACCGACCACAGUCGAUAGCUUUUCGUUGGUAUCUAGCAGCCCGAGCCAGUGAGACAACGGACAGAGCUUUCCACCGAGCCCGGCCAUGGACGAACAGGCGGGGCCCGGCGUAUUCUUCAACAACAAUAACAACUCUGUUCUACCCGGCGGUGGGAAAGGACCGCUGCCUGAUGGCGACGCUGGGGAGGCGGCUAGGGCGCAAUACAGUAUCCCGGGGAUCUUGCACUUCCUGCAGCACGAAUGGGCCCGUUUUGAAGUAGAGAGGGCACAAUGGGAGGUGGAGCGGGCCGAAUUACAGGCCCAAAUCGCCUUCCUGCAAGGGGAGAGGAAAGGCCAAGAGAAUUUGAAGAAAGACCUUGUGAGGAGGAUCAAAAUGCUGGAGUAUGCACUGAAGCAAGAGAGAGCAAAGUACCACAAGUUAAAAUAUGGGACAGAGUUAAAUCAAGGUGACAUGAAGCCUCCGAGCUACGACUCCGAUGAGGCCAAUGAGAACGAGUCCUCUGGAUCGCUCAACAAUCAGCUGUCCUGGAAACAAGGCCGUCAGCUGCUCAGACAGUACCUGCAGGAGGUGGGCUACACAGACACCAUCUUAGAUGUAAAGUCCCAGCGGGUCCGAGCGCUGCUAGGACUAGCUGGGGACGGAGGCGGGAAGACAGGUGAACGGAGCGGCACUGAGCCAUUGGUCAAUGGGACGGACGUAUCAACAAAGGGAAUGGGCACCAGAGGGAAAGCUGAGCUCUCUGAUAGUAGUGCUGUACUGGAGGCCUUCAAGUUCAUUGAGAAUGCAGAGGCUGAGUACAGUGACGAAGAUGAUGAGGAGGAUAGUGAUGGGAAGGACAGGACUCAUGUGGAAUCCAGGACGAUCCUGAGGAAGAAGCCCUCGUCGUCAGCGUCGCCGGCCAGUAUGGACACCAGUGAGGACCCUGACACAGAGGAGGCACUGAAGGGGUUUGACUUCCUGUCAAGCCCUGAUGAAAUGGACACCUCGCCGGAGUCCAGAGGAAACGGGGACGGCACAGACUGGGAGAAGGACGAGCAAGGUCCCAUUUCUGAGGCCUGGGACGUGGACCCGGGCCUGAUAACCAAACUCAAGGAGCAGUACAAAAAGGAGCGCAAGGGGAAAAAGGGGGUGAAGAGGCCAAACCGGUCCAAGCUGCAGGAUAUGCUGGCUAACCUGAGAGAUGCAGAAGAUUUGUCCCACAUGCAGCCUCCAUCCGCACCCCAGUCGCGGCCCAACAUGGCCCGGUUCAACGAGCACGAGGGGAACCGAACGGACGAAGUUGAUGCGAUGACCUUCCCGCCCACCUCAGGGAAGUCGUUCAUUAUGGGCACAGACGAGGCCAUGGAGAGCGAGCUGGGCCUGGGGGAGCUUGCUGGACUCACUGUGGCCAACGAGGCCGACAGUCUGGCAUAUGAUAUUGGCAACAAUAAGGAUGCCAUGAGAAAAACAUGGAACCCCAAAUUCACUCUGCGGAGCCAUUUUGAUGGGAUUCGAGCUCUGGCCUUUCACCCUGUGGAGCCCGUCCUGAUUACUGCUUCAGAGGACCACACGCUCAAAAUGUGGAACCUACAAAAGACCGCUCCUGCCAAAAAGAGUGCAUCUUUAGAUGUUGAACCGAUCUACACUUUCAGGGCUCACAGGGGGGCUGUACUGAGUGUGGUGAUGAGCAGUACAGGGGAGCAGUGUUUCAGCGGAGGGGUUGACGGGACUAUACAGUGCUGGAACACCCCCAAUCCCAACAUCGACCCCUACGACUCCUACGACCCAUCAAUGCUGCGUGGAGCCUUGUGUGGGCACACUGACUCAGUGUGGGGUUUGGUGUACAGCAGCGCACACCAGCGCCUCCUCUCCUGCUCGGCAGACGGGACCGUGAGACUGUGGGACGCCAACACAACCUCCCCCGCCCUCGCAGUAUUCAACGAAGACAAAAACCUAGGAGUUCCCUCCUCAGUAGACCUGGUGUGUAGUGAUCCAGCCCACCUGGUCACAUCCUUCACAAAUGGGCAGAUUGGCCUCUUCAACAUGGAGACGCGCCAGCAAGUCCUUAGUCUGGAGUCCAAUCUGGAGCCGGGCACUCCCUGUCAGAUCAAUAAGGUCCUCAGCCACCCGACUCUUCCCAUCACCAUCACCGCGCAGGAGGACAGACACAUCAAGUUCUUUGACAACAACAGUGGGAAGCUGAUUCACUCCAUGGUGGCUCACCUGGAUGCCGUCACAAGCUUAGCCGUAGACCCUAAUGGACUUUAUCUCAUGUCAGGCAGUCAUGACUGCUCUAUCCGUCUGUGGAACCUGGAGAGUAAAACCUGCAUCCAAGAGUUCACGGCUCACAGAAAGAAGUCUGAGGAGUCGAUCCACGAUGUGGCGUUUCAUCCGUCUAAAUGCUACAUCGCUAGCGCCGGGGCGGACGCGCUCGCCAAAGUGUUCGUAUGACGUGGAGCUGCGUCUCUCCCUGCAGCCCUGCUCGCUGACUCAGCCUCCCAUGAUCAGGGACCAAUAGAGACACAGGAGGGGAAGGACCUUCAGGCAUGGGUCCAGUCCCACCUCUCACAGCCCACUGGUUUCAUGUCGGACUGGUAGACUAUGUAGCGCUAGCCUCAAACGGGCCUUGACUCUCCAUAGAAAGGUUCGGCAGGGAGGGCAGUCAGGAGGAGAACUGCUCUCCAGUCCCCCAUCUACCAUCCAGGCAGGCCUGGGUGUGGCCCUCCACAGCGCCCCCCACCCCCCACCCCCUACCCCCCACCCCCACCCAGACAGACUAAAACUUUACCUCUGUAGCUAGGAGGCUCAGGACAAGUGUUAGAGUGCGGAGUGGAGAAAUGAGGUUUCAAGCCGGUCUUCUGCCCCUUUGACUUCACGCUCAUCCCUAAUCCCUCUGGCCCUCGACCUUCCCUCUCAGACCAACCAGGUUCGGGCCCUUUACUCCAAGUCAGGUUUUGUGUAGUGGUGUUCUAGAAAUGUGGGUUACUGAAGGCUCGCUGGAGCUGUCGUGGAAGCCUCUCACUUCUGCUUCUCUGCUUCCCAGACUGACUCUGCUUGCUGGCCUGCCUUUAUUUUCCUUUUUAAAACACGUGUUAACAAAUGUGCCUUUGCUUUAAAAAGGUCUUGAAAAACGUUAUUUUAACAAGCUUGUUUUGGGGAACAGGGAGGGUGGGGACGGCAGAGAAAUGGAGCUGGUUGUCACAAUGUUGUCGAUUUUAACAUUGGAUGUAAAAUUACAAAUGCUUAUAAUAAACAAAAUAUAUAUUCAGUCUUAAAAUUUACUGUGCAGCGUGAGUUUGAGUGCUCCUUUUUGAUAAGUGUGGUUGGGGAACCAAUUUUGUGCAUUUCAGGGCAAAGCUGUUAGAGUGACACAGAACAUUAAAUAUAAUGCCUGUUUGUUGGGUUCAAUUUAUUGUACACUUCUGAAGUAAGAUUACAAACAUAUGUGUCCAAAGUAAACCAUCUUGGUUAUAUAAUUGCAAUUCAAACUUGGUUCUGGGUGUCCAUUUUAGGAAUAACUAAUUGAUUUUGGCCAGUUUGCUCUUGUUUGAAUUGAAUGGCUUGUACUGUAUGUAGUUUUCCCCAAUUGUGUGGACAUGCUCGACUACAAUGUGAUGUAUCAUGUCCAGAAAUUUACAGUAGUCCAGUGUUUAGCAGGAAAUUAGUGCAGUACUGUAGGACUGUUUGAAAUAAUGAGUUAACCAUCCGACAGGGAGGAGAAAUGUCCUGCAAAUUCCAGUUUACUGUAAACUGAAGGGAGGAAACAAUCCUGCAUUAAAAUAAAAAAAAACAACUAAUCAAUCAAGAUGUUGUACAUGUAGAGUACAGCUUCAAAUGAGCCAUUUUCUCAGUCACUGGUUUGUAUAUGAAAGUAUGUUCAAAAUAAAACCUGCUGUAAAAUGUUAA